GCGCUAACCGGCACCAUGAACCGCAAGAAGAAGCCUUUCCUGGGCAUGCCGGCCCCGCUGGGCUACGUGCCGGGUUUGGGCCGAGGAGCUACUGGUUUUACCACCCGUUCAGAUAUUGGUCCCGCCCGGGAUGCUAAUGACCCUGUGGAUGAUCGGCAUGCUCCCCCGGGGAAGAGAACGGUUGGGGAUCAGAUGAAGAAAAACCAGACAGCUGAUGACGAUGAUGAAGAUCUGAAUGAUACAAAUUAUGAUGAGAGAAAACUGGCUGAAGUUACAGAAGAAGAAUGGCUAAGUAUUCCUGAAGUUGGCGAUGCCAGGAACAAGCGCCAGAGGAAUCCACGUUACGAAAAACUGACACCCGUUCCGGACAGUUUCUUUGCGAAGCACUUGCAGUCAGGAGAGAAUCACACAUCGGUGGACCCCCGGCAGACGCAAUUUGGCGGUCUGAAUACCCCUUACCCAGGGGGCUUAAAUACGCCUUACCCAGGUGGAAUGACCCCAGGAUUGAUGACUCCUGGCACAGGGGAGCUAGAUAUGAGGAAGAUUGGACAAGCCAGGAACACCUUGAUGGAUAUGCGUCUCAGCCAGGUCUCCGACUCGGUGAGCGGCCAAACAGUGGUGGAUCCCAAAGGGUACCUCACGGAUUUAAACUCCAUGAUUCCCACACAUGGUGGAGACAUCAACGACAUCAAGAAAGCGCGCUUGCUUCUGAAGUCCGUGCGCGAGACGAACCCUCACCACCCGCCAGCCUGGAUCGCUUCGGCACGCUUGGAAGAGGUGACAGGGAAGCUGCAGGUUGCUCGAAAUCUCAUCAUGAAAGGGACCGAAAUGUGUCCGAAGAGCGAAGACGUUUGGCUGGAGGCUGCCCGCUUGCAGCCUGGAGACACCGCCAAGGCUGUGGUGGCCCAGGCGGUCCGUCACCUUCCCCAGUCGGUCCGGAUUUAUAUCAGAGCCGCCGAGUUGGAGACGGAUAUCCGAGCCAAGAAGAGAGUCCUUCGGAAAGCACUGGAGCAUGUUCCAAAUUCAGUCCGCUUAUGGAAGGCAGCGGUUGAAUUAGAAGAACCCGAGGACGCCAGGAUAAUGUUGAGCCGGGCAGUGGAAUGCUGCCCCACCAGUGUGGAACUGUGGCUGGCCCUGGCGAGACUCGAAACCUAUGAGAACGCCCGUAAGGUCUUAAACAAAGCCCGCGAGAACAUUCCAACGGACCGGCACAUCUGGAUUACAGCUGCCAAGCUCGAGGAGGCCAACGGGAACACGCAGAUGGUGGAGAAGAUCAUCGACCGAGCCAUCACCUCUUUGAGGGCCAAUGGAGUGGAAAUCAACCGGGAACAGUGGAUCCAGGACGCUGAAGAAUGCGAUAAAGCUGGAAGCGUGGCCACGUGCCAAGCUAUCAUGAGAGCAGUCAUUGGAAUUGGGAUUGAAGAGGAGGACCGCAAACACACCUGGAUGGAAGAUGCCGAUAGUUGUGUGGCCCACAACGCCUUGGAGUGCGCCAGGGCAAUUUACGCUUACGCCCUGCAGGUCUUCCCCAGCAAGAAGAGUGUCUGGCUACGAGCAGCCUAUUUUGAAAAGAAUCACGGAACGAGGGAAUCCUUGGAGGCUCUUUUGCAAAGGGCGGUGGCUCACUGCCCCAAGGCUGAAGUCUUGUGGCUCAUGGGGGCAAAAUCCAAAUGGCUGGCUGGCGAUGUCCCUGCAGCCAGGAGUAUCCUGGCCUUGGCUUUCCAGGCCAAUCCCAACAGCGAAGAGAUUUGGCUGGCGGCCGUGAAGUUGGAAUCCGAAAACAACGAAUACGAACGAGCGAGGCGCUUGUUGGCCAAGGCCCGUAGCAGCGCCCCCACGGCGAGGGUCUUCAUGAAGUCUGUCAAACUCGAGUGGGUGCUUGGGAACAUCGCUGCAGCCCAGGAGCUCUGCGAGGAAGCCCUGAAGCAUUACGAAGACUUCCCCAAACUCUGGAUGAUGAAAGGGCAGAUAGAAGAGCAGGAGGAGCUGAUGGAGAACGCCCGGGAUGCCUACAAUCAAGGGCUGAAAAAAUGCCCCGGUUCAAUCCCCCUUUGGCUGCUGCUGUCCAGACUGGAGGAGAAGGUUGGCCAGCUCACCCGGGCGAGAGCCAUCUUGGAGAAAUCUCGCCUGAAGAAUCCCAAGAACCAAGAUUUGUGGUUGGAAUCGGUACGCUUGGAGUACCGAGCUGGGCUGAAGAACAUCGCAAACACUUUGAUGGCAAAAGCCCUGCAGGAGUGUCCCAAUUCAGGAAUUCUGUGGUCGGAAGCCAUCUUUUUAGAGGCCAGACCUCAACGGAAGACCAAGAGCGUGGACGCCCUGAAGAAGUGUGAACACGAUCCCCAUGUCCUCCUGGCAGUGGCCAAGUUGUUCUGGAGCGAACGCAAAAUAACCAAGGCCCGGGAGUGGUUCCAUCGGACCGUGAAGAUCGAUUCUGACCUGGGGGACGCUUGGGCUUUCUUUUAUAAAUUUGAGCUUCAGCACGGCACCGAGGAACAGCAGGAAGAGGUGAGGAAGCGUUGCGAAAACUCCGAGCCGCGGCACGGCGAGCUGUGGUGUGAGGUGUCCAAGGACAUCAGCAACUGGCAGAGGAAGAUCGGCGAGAUCCUGAUCCUGGUGGCAGCCAAGAUCAAGAACACGUUCUAGAACAGGAGAGCCCUGGAAUCAAAGGGGGGAACCUUGAGUUGGACUCUCCUUGGCGUCUCCCUCGUGCUCAGAGCAUUGGGAGAAAGAGAGAGAGAGAGAGAGCGCUGGGUAGCAUAUUUGUUUGACAAGCCAGGCCAUCCUGGCCCCUUCCUGACAGCUGUCAGUCACAAGGACAAUGAACUGUGCAGGAGAUGUUUUGUAUAGCAGCUUCGCCAUUCUGAAGUGCAAACAGCCAGCUGACAGGCAGAUGUUUCCUCUGCUGUCCAAAGUCUCCUGAUGUUUGUUUUCUCCCCAGUUUUCUUGAGAAGCUUCUGGCUGGUGGGCCCUCCUCUUAUGGGCCCAUCACUUUCUGAUAUUUCUGCUUGCCUUCCUAAAUUUAUCUAUCUCCUCCUCCUCCUCCUCAAAUAUCUGGCGAUUUAAAGAGCGCCCGUCUUUUAUUUUUCUAUCGGAAAACCUGCAAGUGAUUUAAACCCCCCCCCCUUUUCCGCCGCAUUCAAUCGGCACCCUCAACUAGGAAUUUUUAUCUUUGGCAAGGGGACCAAGAACGAAGUCAGAAAAAGCCCACCAGACCGGUUGAGAAACACUGGGUUAGAAAGCUACACAUCAUUUUAAAAUCUUGUUGGGAAACCCGAGCAUAGAAACAGGCAAGGGAGAAACGGGCAAGGUUGCCGCAGGUAAAACUGGCUAAGACAGAAUCUCGUUAUGAAAUGCUUUUGAAAAAAUUAAAAUUAAAAUAAGGUACUGUUCUCACAGGUUCCUCCCCCCUUCCUUUUUCUCACUCUGCAUGUUUUUUGUUUGUUUGUUUCCUCUUUAGGAUUUUAAACAACUGUGCUUUCAGCUCAGUAGAAGAAUGAUACCAAAAUAACAGGAAGGAAUCAGUGAGUGUGUGGGGGAAAAAAAAUGUGUUUAAGCAACGGGUUAUUUCAUAAAAGGGCAGACAGACAUAAAGAGAGAAUGCUGUAUGAAAGGAGAAGCUUAUUCGUGGAAGGAAAGGGAUAUACUCACAGGUUCCCCGCUGUAGUAGUGUUGAAAACAUGGCCUAAAUGAACUCUGUUUAAAUUGUCAUCCCUCUCCUAGCAAUAGUUUCUGAUCUAGUAUGUUUGAAAUAUUUCCUUUUUUUAUUUUAUUAUUAAGAAAACACAUUCCUGGUUUAACUCUUCCCUCCUGGAGUCCCCUUCCAGAUCCAAUUCCCAGUCCAUUCAGGAAGAUUGUUUUUGUGUAUUAAAAUAUA